ACAACUCAUUGCUUCACAUUUUGUACAAGAAUAACUAAGUCAUCUGUCAAAAAUGUCUGUAUCCGCAUCUAAAGCCAAGAGAGAGCAAAAGCGUUUAGAAAAAGAAGCUAAAAAAGCUGCUGAAGGUAAGACUACCAAGAAGACUAAGAGACAAGCAGCCAAGGAUGCUGAAGAAGUUCAAGUUGAUGAUGCUGCCACUCAAAUUGCCAAGUUGAAAUUACAAACUGAUGAGCAUGGUAUGUCUGACAGAGUCACCACUGGUGUUUUGGAAUCUUUAGCAACUUCUAGAGAUAUUAAAUUAUCUUCUGUUUCCUUGUUAUUCCAUGGUAAAGUUUUGUUACAAGAUUCUGUUUUGGAAUUGAAUUAUGGUCGUAGAUAUGGUUUAUUGGGUGAAAACGGUUGUGGUAAAUCUACCUUAUUGAAAUCUAUUGCUGCCAGAGAAUUUCCAAUUCCUGAACAUAUCGAUAUCUACUUAUUAAAUGAACCAGCUGAGCCAACUGAAUUCUCUGCUUUGGAAUAUGUUGUUAGAGAAGCUGAACAUGAAAUGAAGAGAUUGGAAGACUUGGUUGAAGAAAUCAUUGUCAAGGAAGGUCCUGAAGCCCCAGCUUUAGACGGUAUUUACGAACGUAUCGACGAAAUGGACCCAGCAACUUUUGAAUCUAGAGCUGCCGUUAUUUUAACCGGUUUGGGUUUCAACUCCACCACUAUUAAGAAGAUGACCAAGGAUAUGUCUGGGGGUUGGAGAAUGAGAGUUGCCCUUGCCAAGGCUUUAUUCGUUAAACCAACUUUACUUUUGUUGGAUGACCCAACUGCCCAUUUGGAUUUAUCUGCUUGUGUUUGGUUAGAAGAAUAUUUGAAGACCUUUGACCGUAUUUUGAUUUUGGUUUCUCACUCCCAAGAUUUCUUAAACGGGGUUUGUACUAAUAUGAUUGAUAUGAGAUUAAAGAAAUUGACCCUUUAUGGUGGUAACUACGAUUCUUAUGUCAAGACUAGAUCCGAAUUGGAAACUAACCAAAUGAAACAAUAUAAUAAACAACAAGAAGAAAUUGCCCAUAUUAAGAAAUUUAUUGCAUCUGCUGGUACUUAUGCUAAUUUAGUUAAACAAGCUAAAUCAAGACAAAAGAUUUUGGAUAAGAUGGAAGCCGAUGGUUUAAUUGAACCUGUUGUUCCUGACAAGGUCUUCACUUUCAGAUUCCCAGAUGUUGAAAAAUUACCUCCUCCAGUUUUAGCCUUUGAUGACAUGUCAUUCUCUUAUUCUGGUAACGAGGAAGAUAACUUGUAUGAACAUUUAGAUAUUGGUAUUGAUAUGGACUCGAGAGUUGCUCUUGUUGGUCCAAAUGGGGUUGGUAAGUCCACAUUAUUAAAAUUAUUCCAAGGUCAAUUAUCCCCACAAAAGGGUAGAAUUAUCAAACAUACACAUAUUAAAUUGGGUGUUUACUCCCAACAUUCUGCUGAUCAAUUAGACUUAACCAAAUCUCCAUUAGAAUUUGUUCGUGAUAAGUUCUCUAACAUUUCUCAAGAUUACCAAUACUGGAGAGGUCAAUUAGGUCGUUAUGGUUUAACUGGUGAAGGACAAACCGCCCAAAUGGCUACUUUAUCCGAAGGUCAAAGAUCAAGAGUUGUUUUCGCAUUGUUGGCUUUAGAAUCUCCAAACUUGAUCUUAUUGGAUGAACCUACUAACGGUUUGGAUUUGGCUACCAUUGAUUCCUUGGCUGAAGCUAUCAAUGCUUUCAACGGUGGUGUUGUCGUUGUUUCCCACGAUUUCAGAUUAUUGGAUAAGGUUGCUAAGGAUAUUUUCGUUAUUGAAAAUAAGACAGCUACAAGAUGGGAAGGUUCUAUUUUGGACUAUAAAAAGACUUUGGCCGAAAAGGUUGUCCUUUAAGCUUAAUUCUCUGUUUGUAUUUGUUUAUAGUAAACUAGCGAAAUAUUAUAGAUUAAGAGAUUUCCAACUGUACACUACUUGU